AUGUCACAUGUGUGCGAUGUCUUUGAGCGGCGUGGGCUGCUCGUGAAGCAUAUGGCACAGCAACUUUCAGAUAUAGUGGCAGCCGUGGAGGAGCGUCCGAAAAGGGCUAGGGAGGAUUAUGGGGCCGAUGAUGGCAAAGCGUUCAAGUGCCGCUGGUGCGCAAUUAAGUACACUGUAUACGCGUGGCUGCAGAAGCACACGGAAAAGCAGUUAACGCGCGGCGCUAUGAAGCCACAAGACGUGUCCGGUAGUGAUGGCGAGGCAGAGCAGGAGGAGCAGGAUAAAAGGGAAUUUGUAUGCUACAGGUGCCAACGCGUCCUCAAAAGCAAGACAUGGCCCACCAGGCACAAGUACGAACCAACCUCGAACACGAACUCUGAAGACUCGGACGUGGCGAAGCAGUCAGUUACAGUGGCGUGUUCCAUUUGUAGAAAGCAGUAUCAUUACAGAUGGUUACCGCAACGCAUACCGACCAAGCACCUGGGUCACGACGAGUCAUUGCGUCCUCAGCCACGCGUGAAGCCGAAGCGAAAGGUAGUGAGAGCAGAGGCUCAGGCACAGAGUGAGGUGAGUGAGUCAUUGGAGUCAGCAGGAAGGGACAAUGGGGAAAGACCGCCUAAGCGUCUUCGGGUAGUCCGCCACACAGAAGGCAAAGAGGGAAUGGACAAUGUGUGCGGUGGAAACAGCAGUGUGUACAAGCAGUGGUGCUCACUGGUUUGGCAUACGCGCACGCCACGACAGUGA